AGGGUGAGAGAGCGAGAGAGCGAGAGAGUGAGAGUGUGAGAGAGAGAGAGAGAGAGAGAGAGAGAUUGCAGUUUGCAGUCCUGCACUGUGGAAUUACGGCAAACCAAAAUGUGUUGGGGGCUGAGAAGGAGAAAAAGGAAGGAGGAGAGGCAGGAGAAGCAGUGCUGUAGCCUUCACUGAAACGCAUUUCCCCUCUUUAGAGCUCAGUGCCAGAGGAGGGGAGGGGGGCCAGAGCUGCUUAUUCACCAAAGAACGGCAGCAUUCUAACCAGGGUGUCAUUGCGAUCGCGUCCGUCCGUAUACGUGCGCGCGUGUAUGUGCGUGUGCAAGUGUGUGCACGUGUGUUUGCGUGCGCCGACAUGCUAGGGCUUUGUGCGACGAUACGAAUCACAUCUUUUCUUCUGUUUUCCUCUUUAUUUUCGGAAAAAGGGCAGUUUCGCGGUUUUGCGCAAGAGGGAUUUGACAGGCGGAUGUGACCGCGGCGCGGGCUCUGUGGCACCUUCCCCCGGCGUCGCUGAGCGCUCAGUGUAGCCGUCCUAUUGGUAUUCAGCUGAUGGAGGUGCAUGGGCUCCUUCCCUCCUCAGUCGGGCUGGAAUCACAGUGCUGGGAUUGUGUUUGCCUGUGGAGAGGGAACUAAAAUGGGGCCAGAUUAUCUCGGUCCUUCCUUUCUUACCUGGAGCCACUUCCUGCUCUGCCCAAGGCCAAGCGUACCUACGUGUGCCCACUCUCACGUCCGCUAACGCCCACACAGACGCCCGGGCCUCCUCUUAUCUCUCAGGCCUGCUACUGGAGAUUCCAUCAGCUGGAGCCCAAAUUGGAUCAGUGAGCAGCUAUCUGUCUUCAUACAGAACAAGGACUGGGUCUGGGAUGAAAGAGUUCUAGAGGAACUGGGUUUCAAAUCGCGCAGAUACACACCGAUGCUACUGCCCUGGAAGCAUGAGGGAUGGCUGUUGGGUUGGACCACCAACCGUAAAACUUGGAUUUGAACCUACAGCAGCACGAAGUACAGGGAAGAACUGGGAGCAGUAGGCCAAAAUAAGCAACUAAGGCCGAGGCUGGACAAGUCUUUGCUCGGCGACAACGAGACGGAACUAAACUGAGGGACGUACAAAGGAGAGAGAUUCUCACAAGGAGACACCACCAUGGGCUUCUCAAAAACGAUCAGAAUUUUCCUCUGGGCGUCUCGGCAAAAUCGGCUGACUUUUUUGACGCAGGCCUUUCCGAGUUUGCGGAUUGGACUGUGAGCAGAGCUGGGAGAUAAAGUUUUGAACGAGAAACAUUUUUUAAACUUUCACACCUCUGCUUCCUUGCCGGUGCGUGAGGGAACUGAAGCAUUGGCGCAGAACCCGGGCAGAACCUCGACGCGGAGCAGAGGGCCAGAGCAGCAGAACACAGAGACUGAAGUGAGAAAGCGGUGAGGAGAGCGAGCGAGGCAGGGAGAGAGGGGGGAGAGAGAGGACUUAGCCCGGAGAGCUCGUCUGUUUCACGGCGCUGCUGUGGCGGAAGAGACAGGGGGGAAGGAGUAGGUGAGGGUGGAAGGAAGAGCAGCUCGAUGGCUGGAGGGGACGAAGGGGCGGCCAGAUCCCUGGGCUGGGGGGGUUAACGGUUAGACGCCGAUCCUUUCGGCCGGCGGCGCUAGCGGCGUAGCGUCUCCGCGGCUCCCCGGCCGCGUUGCUGCCGCCCUCGUUAGCCGUAGCCGCCACUGCGUGCUGCUGGAAGCGCGGGUCACCGCAAUAAGGUGAAGAGCUACCGAUUCCCUGCCUCUGUUUCUCUAGCUCCAGCAGGGAUACGCUGAGAGGAGCGAGGGACAGAGAGAGAGAGAGAGAGUGAGAGACUGAGGGAACGAGAGAAGGAAGCGGCGAGAAGGGGAACAGGUGCAGCUUCGUUUAUCUUUUUCUUCUCAUUGAGUUUUUUUCUCUCCUCUUCCUCUCAUCUAGAGAGACAUUUUUUAAAUCCAACUUCAACCGAGAGGGGGGAGGCCUUCAUACAUCAGAGAGAGAGAGGGAGAGAGAGAGAGAGAGAGAGAGAAAGAAAGGAGGAGAGGCCUUUUUUGGACCGAAUCUGCUUUUUCAUUUAUUUCCCCCCGCUCCACCGUUUCUCCAGCCGCCACAGGCUCUGUCACUCCGUCACCCUCUGUCUCUCCGUCGCGGAAAGAACCAGACGCCAUCCUUCCCUCUCUCUUCUCUCUCUCCCUCUCUCUCCCUCUCUUUGAUAAUUGGAGGCUGUGAUAUUUCCUUUUUUUUCCUAUUUCAAAUCUUUUUUUUCCAAAAGGAACAGCGCUAUUUUAGAGGUCAACAACAGGGAAUCUGACAUUUUGUCCCUAGUGAACAGUACCAUACCCCCCCCCCGUCACAACCACCACCCCAUAAAAGAUAAUUAACCCCCACCCCCACGGCAACCCCAAAGCUUCUGAUCAAAUCCCACACCUUAACCCCUCGCUUGGAUUUUUUUUUAACCUCUUCACUCAACCCUGGCUCUGCUUCCUCUGCUGCUGUGUUGGCCAGCUACUCCAGGGAUCUAUGGAAAACAGCGCCUAGCAUCGUCUGAUUCAUUCCGUGGCGGAACAGGCAGCCAGAAGACCGUUCUCCAUGAGGAGCAGUAGAAGAUGCCGGCUCUGCCAGCGCUGCUGCUGUCGAUUCACUCUGUCUUCCUGUUACUGACCAUGGCCCCGUCCUCUCACAGCCAGGCCCCCGUGCUGUCCUCUGUCAGAAUGGCGGCAAUCCUGGACGACCAGUCGGUGUGUGGGCGGGGGGAGCGGCUGGCCCUAGCGCUGGCCAGGGAGAACAUCAACAGCAUUAUGGAGGGCCCGGUCAGGGCCCGCGUGGAGGUGGACAUCUUUGAGCUGCAGAGAGACUCCCAGUACGAGACCACCGACACCAUGUGUCAGAUUCUACCGAAGGGUGUAGUCUCUGUUAUUGGCCCUGCUUCAAGCCCGGCCUCUGGUUCCACUGUCAGCCACAUAUGUGGGGAGAAGGAGAUUCCUCAUGUGAAAAUCGGCCCUGAGGAGACCCCGCGGCUCCCGUACCUGCGUUUCGCGUCCAUCAGCUUGUACCCUAGCAACGAGGACCUCAGCCUCGCCAUCGGGGCCAUUCUGCGUUCCUUCGGAAACCCGACCACGAGUCUGGUGUGCGCUAAGGCCGAAUGCCUGCUGCGAUUGGAGGAGCUGGUGCGGCGCUUCCUCAUCUCCAGGGAGACGCUGUCCGUCAGGAUGCUGGACGACAGCUUGGACCCCACCCCCUUGCUAAAGGAGAUCCGCGAUGACAAGGUGGCCACCAUCAUUAUUGAUGCCAACGCCUCCAUCUCUUACCUCAUCCUCAAAAAGGCAUCAGAACUGGGGAUGACAUCGACGUUUUACAAGUAUAUCCUCACUACUAUGGAUUUCCCCCUUCUCAGGUUAGAUGACAUUGUGGACGAGCAGUCCAACAUCGUGGGCUUCUCCAUGUUCAACACCACCCACCCAUUCUACCUGGAGUUCCUCCGAAGUCUGAAUCUGUCCUGGAGGGAGGGGUGUGAUCUUAGCCCCUACCCUGGGCCUGCACUGUCCUCCGCCCUGAUGUUCGACGCGGUGCACGUGGUGGUGGGCGCGGUGAGGGAGCUGAACCGCAGCCAGAAGAUCGGCGUGAAGCCGCUCAGCUGCACCUCGCCCCAGAUCUGGCAGCACGGCACCAGCCUGAUGAACUACCUGCGCAUGGUGGAGUAUGAUGGCUUGACUGGGAGGGUGGAGUUUGACAGCAAAGGCCAGAGGACCAACUACACCCUCCGGAUUCUGGAGAAACACAGGGCGGGACACAAGGAGAUUGGAAUCUGGUACUCUAACAACACUCUGGCUAUGAACUCAACCUCCCUGGAUAUCAACGCGUCCGAGACACUGGCCAACAAGACGCUCAUCGUCACCACCAUACUGGAGAACCCUUACGUGAUGCGCAAGGACAACUACCAAGACUUGAAGGGCAACGACCAGUACGAGGGCUUCUGCGUGGACAUGCUGAGGGAGCUGGCCGACAUCCUCAAGUUCUCCUUCCGGAUCAAGCUGGUGGACGACGGGCUGUACGGGGCCCCGGAGCCCAACGGGUCCUGGACGGGGAUGGUGGGGGAACUCAUUAACAGGAAAGCAGACCUGGCGGUGGCGGGCUUCACCAUCACUUCAGAGAGAGAGAAAGUCAUCGACUUCUCCAAGCCCUUCAUGUCCCUGGGUAUAAGCAUUCUCUACCGGGUCCAGCUGGGGCGGAAGCCAGGUUAUUUCUCUUUCCUGGAUCCAUUCUCCCCAGCUGUGUGGCUUUUCAUGUUGCUGGCCUACCUGACUGUCAGCUGUGUCCUUUUCCUGGCUGCCAGGAUGAGCCCCUACGAGUGGUACAACCCGCACCCCUGCCUGCGGGAGCGCAAGGACAUGCUGGAGAACCAGUACACCCUGGGGAACAGCCUGUGGUUCCCCAUCGGGGGCUUCAUGCAGCAGGGCUCCGAGAUCAUGCCCCGUGCCCUCUCCACCCGCUGCGUGAGCGGCGUCUGGUGGGCGUUCACCCUGAUCAUUAUCUCAUCCUACACGGCCAACCUGGCCGCCUUCCUGACCGUGCAGAGAAUGGAGGUGCCCAUCGAGUCGCCGGAUGACCUGGCGGACCAGACCAACAUCCAAUACGGCACCAUACACGGGGGGAGCACCAUGACCUUCUUCAUGAACUCGCGGUACCAGACCUACCAGCGCAUGUGGAACUACAUGCACUCCAAGCAGCCCAGCGUGUUUGUGAAGAGCACGGAGGAGGGCAUCGCCCGCGUGCUCAACUCCAAGUACGCCUUCCUGCUGGAGAGCACCAUGAACGAGUACCACCGCCGGCUCAACUGCAACCUCACCCAGAUCGGCGGCCUGCUGGACACCAAGGGCUACGGCAUCGGCAUGCCGCUGGGCUCUCCGUUCAGAGACGAGAUCACGCUGGCCAUCCUGCAGCUCCAGGAGAACAACCGCCUGGAGAUCCUGAAGCGCCGCUGGUGGGAGGGGGGGCAGUGCCCCAAAGAGGAGGACCACCGGGCCAAGGGUCUGGGAAUGGAGAAUAUCGGGGGCAUAUUUGUGGUGCUGAUCUGCGGCCUGAUCAUUGCCGUGUUUGUGGCCGUCAUGGAGUUUGUGUGGUCCACGCGGAGGUCGGCCGAGACGGACGAGGUACGCCCGCACGCCUGCCCUCGCCGAAAUCACAGGCACACCCCAGUGUCCGUGUGCCAGGAGAUGCUGACGGAGUUCUGCAACGCCAUCUCCUGUAAGAAGACCUCUCGCUCCCGGAGACGACGGCCCCUGUCGGGCCCCGGGGGGCCCCGCCACCCCACGCGCCUCACUCUGGGGGCCCCGCGCCCGCUGCGCCUCGUCCGGGAGAUGCGUCUGAGCAACGGCAAGCUUUACAGCGGAUCGGGGCCCCUGACGGGGGCCGCCGGGGGCGGGGGAGGCCCCUCAGACCUGGGCCCGGGGCCACAGCGCCUGCUGGAGGACCCGCUCGGGGCCAACACCACCCCGCCGCCCUCUCUGGCCCCCUCGGUGCCCCCCCGCAGCUGUGCCCACGUCCGCAUCUGCCAGGAGUGCCGGAGAAUACAGAGCCUGCGCCCUUCCUCCUGCAGGAUGACCCCCCCGUCCUCCUCCCUCAUCCCUGCCCGCCUCCCCCCACCUCCUCCCCCCUCAGCCUCCAACACGGACAGCGAGGGGGGCGGGGGCCCCAGCCCCCGCCGGCGAAAACUGACGCCCCCGCCGCGCCCUCUCCCUCCCGCAAAGACCAGUACAGACCUCCUGGGGGAAUAGAACUGGGGGAGGGGGGCAGAGGACAUGGGCAGAGGACAGUCGUUGCUGGGGAGGGGGGGGGGCGUGGGGGCACUGCUUGGCCCCAGUUUAUUUUGGAGGAUGAGCCCAGGGGUUGGACAGGAGGGAAAUCUGUAGGAGGGCGGGACCAGGCUGUGGUGUUUCAGAGACUUUUAAACCUGCAUAUUCUUCAGCAAGGCAUUGAGGGGCUCUGACAAACAGUGUGUGAAGAUUUAACCUUUCAGAACCUGACCCACUCCCCCUUGGCCACACCCUUUGCUCCUCUCCCCCACACAGUUUGGCAGCGAGCUGGAGCAGGCUGCCAACUGAACACCACGGUGCAUCCCCUAAAUCAUGCGUGACAUGGUACCACUUCAGACAAGGAGGCUCCGACCCCUGUGUGCACUGCAGCUGUUCCCUGUGCUGAACCGAAACCCCCCGUUGGGCUUUCCGGUGCCGUUCCGGCUGGGAUAGGACCUACUUUAGAACUGGCGUGGAUGCUGUCACUCGGUGUUAUUUUCACUCUCGUCUUUUCAAGUGAACUAGAACUUCUUCCUGGUGGACUCAAAGGACCACAGAGACUCUGCGCGCAGGUAGAGCGGUCCGUUCGCUCCGGAGCGUAAAAACCAUGGAUAAGGCGGGAGCACAUUUCCCUACAGGAAGACCCGAAGGGGGGGGGUCACACACCUGAAAAAAAAAAAAAAGAGAAAAGAUAAUCUGGGCUGGAUGCUGUCUCUUUCUUUGUUUCCUUAUUUCUUUUCGGACAGUUUCCUGUAGACUCGGAGUGGCUGGUGUGAGGGCGGACGCAGACACUUUGUCCGUUUGUGGUGUAUGUUUCCCUCCACUCUGUUGGUACCCGUCGUCCUGCUACAGCGUGAGGUCUGUGAGUCAGAGAGGGGAUUGCCUGAAGCACACUGAUACACAUUAUAUUAGUAUGAUGCAUAAACAAGGAAUUUACAUCAACAAGCUGACUGAAUCAUGCUGUAUUUAGUGGUGGUACAAAAUGUGUGUGUGUGUGUGUGUGUGUGUGUGUGUGCGUGUUCUGUUGUUAGAGUUCAAUGGACGAGUUUUCUGAAUUGUUCCGAACAAACUAUCCAGAACAUAAAAUUUUUUUGAUGAAAAUCUACCCAAAAACCAACGAGACUGAUCUUGACUAAAAAGCGAAUGAUUCCAGCUGCUACAAGUGACCUGUAGUUUACUGCAGGUGGUUUUGUUAAAUGUAUGCCUAUUUAUAAUUUAAGUAUGCUAUAAUCCCUUACAAAAAAAGUAAUACAUGUUAUACUCAUAAACCAGAAUUUAUCUACUUCAUAUAUUAGUAAGUGUUUAUUUCUGACUGUGGACCAUUCCUUUGGAAAGCUUUGAUCGUAAUGAUGUCCCUGACCGGAAAAUACUGAACUGUUUUUAAUUCUCUUUAUACUAUGUCUGUCCUGAAGAAUAUUCUGCAACAGUAAAAUUAACAACCAAUGUGCACUCAUUGCCCAUAUGGGGGUUUUGUUAUUUUCACCUUCUUAAGCUUACAUACAGUACACUACAAACUGUCUUCUGAUAUAGACGUGAUUAGAAGUGUGGAAGUGAACAUUUAUUUUUCAUAUGUUUUGGAGCAUACUGACAGUUUUUACAUUUUCACAGUUUAUCACACGGUAACAUAUAUUACUUUUUUUCCCAAGGGAUAUAAUGUAUGCAAUGCCAGGGUGCCUGAAAACUGAAUCUGAAAAAUAGAGAGAAUUUUAAAGAAAUGACGUAGAUGUAGUCUGAGAGUCUAAUAUAAUAUAAACGAGCAGCUUGAGGAAAAUGACUGCUCUUUAUUUAGUUUAAAACAUGGCAACAUUAGAACAUUUUAGCACAAAAUUUACAAGCAGAUUGCAUCUGUAUCACAGAUCUUCAGAAGAACCAGCUUUGUAUUUGGCCUCUUUUAAAAAGAAGGAAAACCAUCUUUCCUUCUGACCUGGCUUAAUAUUUUUUCUCAUUUAGACUGGCCAUUCUAGCCAUGCAGCUCUGAAGAAAAUAGUCCUGCCCAAUGUAUCACAGUGCGUCUGUUAAAUUGUCCACCUAUUUUUGGUUUCAUAGUGAUAGAUCUUCCACAGUAUCAUCGAUCUCUUUCUGUUUAAAAUGUUGAGAAUCAGAACAAAACUGCUACUCCUCCUAUUACUGUGCUUUAGCACACACACUUGACCCUUUACCGUCUACUCUCCAGUGACCAUUGCUAAUAGCCCAACAAAAUACUGUAUAAUGGACGGUGACAGUAAUACUUAAUAAAAUUGUAGAUAAGUGGUCAUAACAGGCCACGGAGGCUCUGUGAUCUGAACUGUCAGCUACUCAAGUGUGUGACCGUAUAUGAAAAAGCACGAGCCGGCUCUUUGCAUC